AUGGCAGCCACACAUCAUGAGACGUACGAUCUCUUAAUCGUCACCGACGCCACGGCGUCCAUGGGAAACUUCCUCUACUCGCUCGCCAAAUCAAUCCAGGACAUCAUCCGCAUCACGGCCAUCACACACGCUUUCUCCAGAAUUGGUGUCCUGGCGUACCGAGACUACGACGUUCGAAGGGGCGAGUUGACCUUAUGGUCGGGAUGGCACAGCCGCAAUGGGCCAUCCGAAAUAUCCCAGGAGCAACUGCUUGCCUUUGCCAGAAACCUCACGACUGAGGGCGGUUACUCCUGGCCCGAGGCGGCCAAGACCGGUCUCGCCCUUGCCUACCAGCACAUGCGCCGAGAGGCAAAGACCAUCAUCUUGUUUUACGCCGACGCCCCGCCCCACACCGAGUUGGGGGGCGACCAGUGGCAACAGGAGCGGGAAGCGCUCCUCAAGCUUCAUUCCUAUGGCGGGACCGGCUAUCUCUUUGCCGACUGGGUUUCGGCCGCUAACACCUUGAGCAACGGCAAAAAGCAGGCACAGGUGUUUUGCAUCGUUUCGUCCAAGCACUCCAGGGACUACGCGCUCAACCCAAUGUACACUUUCCUUUCCACGCGCACCGGCGGUGCGUGCGUCACGUUCACCGGGACGCCGAGCUCGACCGCCAUAUCCAAAGUGACCAUUGCCCUCCUCCUCGCUUGGAUGGGCGCGGGCAAACAGGGCGCUAACCAGGACACCGCUGAGAUUGUCACCCAACUCAACUUCGAGGAUGACAGUGGAGUCGGCCAGUUAGCAUCAGAAAAGGACGACAAUGCUGCCCGUUACCUCCCCGUUUCUCGCAAGCCCAACGACAAGGAGGCGCUGGACAACUCAAUCACGCGUUCCCCGCUGUCUCUUGAAACGUUAGCCCAGGUCAUCCCACGCCGUGAACACCCUGUCAUGGACUUUGCUGCGCGCUACAAGGUCGACGCCGAGUAUCAGGGCAUUGUCGUGGAGCAGUUGACGGAGAUCAUCGAGUCCGACGUAUUCGCCAUCGCCCUCAACCCGGUUUUUGGCGCGCUGUGGCGCACCGUCUGCAACGACCGGACGAACCCUGCCCGCGACAGGCUGAUCACUCGUUUCGGCCUGCAGGUGGACAGGGAGGAAGACGCGGAAAAGAAGGAGCAGCUGAAAACGUGGCUGGAAGAGUCGUAUGACUGGGCGGGAGAAAUUAUCGACACCAUCAAGGUCGUGCCGAAGGAGGACCGCUAUCCCUGUGUUUUCCUCGACCCCACGGUACGCUUCUCGCAGGCCGAGGACGGGGGCUACGAGGAAAACAGCUCGACAAAAUUUACCCGCGCUGAAUUGCUCGAAAUCGGGCGGUCCUGCGACUACCGCAUCCUGCGCCGACUCGGCCGGAUCCUCACUCACCUGACGUACGUGGACUCGGAAGACGAACUUCCCGCCCAUGUCAGGGACGUCCCGGAGGAGGAAGUGGCCAGGAUUCCCAUGGCUCUGGCGAAGCCCAAACAUCAGCGGAAAUUCUGGAAGAUCCUCCUACACACCGUGCUCCCCGGGACUAUGCUGGCAGCGCGCCCCGCCGCCGUGCUAGCCGCCCUCAGCGUGCGCAUGGGAAUCAAGCCGCUAGAGGAGGUGGCUUAUAUGGAGCUCUUGGCCUGGCGAGACAAUUGGAACACGCUCGACAUACCUGAGACAUGGAACAAUAACUGCCUCAGCCUGCUUCUCGAGGCUGACAAGACGCACCAGCUAGCAAUGGCAGACGCACAGCCUGGAGCUACCGACGGCCAGACACUGUUGAAGGCCGAGGACCGCAGCGUGUUUGAGACGCUUGUCAGCUACAAAUUGCUGGAGAUGAACCUGGACACCACGCUCGAGGCAAAGGUCGGCUGGACCCCGAACAAGAGCAAGAUUCCACUGGGGCCGCUCGCAUUUUGCAAAAGCUGCCAGUACCCUCGGUCCGUGACCAUCAUGGCUGACGACGGGGUAUGCGGCAUGUGCGUCGCGCCAUGCGAAUGCGAGAACAAGGAGACCCACGAUGGCCACUUUGGCACCUGUGUGUCAAAGACGGACGACAGCAGCACGCUGGCGACAUGGACCGAGUGCUCCAUGAUCGAUUGCCGGGCGCAGUACGUCGUCUACCACACGGGCAAGCUCAACGUGCGCCCAAAGUGCCACUACUGCCGGCAGAAGAAUCGCGUCUCGACGACCAAUUCCAACUAUGCCGCGCUCACCACGGCGCCGUGCGUCACAUGCACGACCUGCGCCAAUCGCAUCCUCUGGCCGCAGGCCUAUCGCUCGGUCCUUUUCGACGCUUCCACCUUCACGUGCCCCGCCUGCCGCACCAACACACAUGCUACCAUCGUCGCCGUUCCGACCACAGCCCGAGCCCUGUCCGUCGAAAACGGCACCGCCUUCCUCCUCCGCAACGAGGAUGCCGCCAUCCCGGCCCCCUUCACAAACCGCUCCCUCUACCACACGAUCUCCACCGCCUCCGUCCCUGCCUCAGACCUCCCCUCCAAAGUAACCAUCCUCCCCUCCCUUGCCAACUCCAACAACCUAACCCUCACAAUACGAGGCAAACCCCUCCACAACACCCCCUCCCUCCUCGCCUCUCUAUCCUCCUGGAUCUCCUCCCGCCGCGUCCAGUCCGGAACCUGCAGCCUGUGCUUCACACCAACCCGCAAAUUACACCUCCGCCUCGCAUGCGGCGGGCGGAGGGGCUGUGCCCAGCCUAUUUGCGGCGACUGUGCGCAGGCCUGGUACGGGCUAAACAAGCCAGGCAACGUUAUCAACAUUGCUGCGCUGAGCUGUCCCUUCUGUAGGCGCAUGCCAACGAACAAGGUUGCCUUGCCGAUUGGGCUGCGGUAUCUGGGCGGGUUGAGGGAUGCGGUGGAGGAGGUGGGCGAGUGGGUGUAUGCUUGGUGUGCGGGAGAGUGUGGCAUGGCGAGGAGGUUUGUCGACAGGAUUUGCGCGAGGGGGGUGCCGGAGGUGGAGGGCUGGCGGUGUGAAGGGUGUGUUGAUGCUGGGAGGCGGAGGGGCGAGAGGAAGGGGGAUGCCGGGCGGUUGGUGGUGGUCAAGAUGUGUCCUGCUUGUGGGGUUGCGACGGAGAAGGUGGUGGGGUGCGAUCAUAUCAGCUGUGUGUGUGGCAAGCAUUGGUGUUUCAACUGCGGGGAGAUGGUGGCCGACACGGCGGGGGAGGUGUACAAUCACAUGUCGCAAGUGCAUCGCACUUGGUAUGCGGAUGGCGAAGACGAGUUUGGGGAUUAUGAGGAUUAUACGGACGAGGAGUGA